AGGCCAUACGUAAUGUAUACGAUUAAAGCACUAGUUCGGUCUCUUUUGAAAAGUGGAGACAUGGCUUUGUGUAAAGUUUUGUAUAUAACCGUUUUAAUUUUAGUACUCUGCGGAAUAUCUACACAUGGACAGAAGAAAAAAGAGGCAAUGCUGUCCGAGAAGGUGGGACAGUUGAUGGACUGGGCUGGUAAAAGAGCGGUCAUUCGUAUGAAUGGGGAGAAGUUUCGACGGUUUGUGAAAGCGCCCCCGAGGAACUACUCUGUGGUGGUCAUGUUUACUGCUCUGCAGCCUCAGAGGCAGUGUGGGGUGUGCAAGCAGGCAGAUGAAGAAUAUCAGAUCCUGGCCAAUUCGUGGCGUUACUCUAGUGCCUUCACCAACAAGAUCUUUUUUGCAACUGUUGACUUUGAUGAUGGCUCAGACGUGUUUCACAUGCUGAAUAUGAACUCUGCACCCACGUUCAUGCACUUUCCCCCGAAAGGAAAGCCCAAAAGAGCUGACACAUACGAGCUCCAGGUGCGAGGAUUUGCAGCUGAACAGAUUUCCCGUUGGAUUGCUGACAGAACUGACGUCAAUAUCCGAGUUAUCAGGCCUCCAAAUUACGCUGGUCCUCUGAUGCUAGGCUUCCUGCUUGCUGUGAUUGGAGGGCUUGUGUAUCUCAGAAGAAAUAACCUGGAGUUUCUCUACAAUAAAAAUGCCUGGGCAUUCGCUGCUUUAUGCUUUGUCCUGAUCAUGACUUCAGGACAGAUGUGGAACCACAUUCGUGGCCCUCCGUAUGCUCACAAGAAUCCGCACACGGGACAAGUGAGUUACAUCCAUGGCAGCAGUCAGGCCCAGUUUGUUGCUGAAACUCAUAUUGUUCUGUUGUUCAAUUCUGCUGUCACCUUGGGAAUGGUACUUUUGCAUGAAGCAGCAACUUCAGAUAUGGAAAUUGGAAAAAGGAAGAUCAUGUGUGUUGCUGGCGUUGCGUUGGUGGUGUUUUUCUUUAGCUGGUUGUUGUCGAUUUUCAGAGCCAAAUACCAUGGAUAUCCUUACAGUUUCCUUCUGAGUUAGAAAAAGACCUCAAAGGGAGAUGAGAAUGGGGAUCUGCAUCUGACUGUCCCAUCAAAGGAGAGGCAUUCAUCUGGUCUGUUGUGGUCUUCUACGUGCAAGAAGCCUAACCAGUGGAACACUUGAACCAAAUUAUAAAAAGUGCCUUAAGUUUAAAUGAAUGGGAGUGCAUUCAUCAGAGUUCUCUGUACUGAUGUUUCAUGUGUUUAUUUUCUUUUAUUUUUUUGUCCCCAAGUAAAUUAUAUAUGCAUUUUCACACAUCUAAAACAAGGUCAAAUGGAUAAUUCACUAGUAUCUUCACCCUCAGCCUUAGUUACAAGUUAGACUGUAGAAUUUGAAAUGUAUUGUACUUCAUAAUCUGGAAUGGGAUUGUGAUCUUGGCUUUGUCAUCUAGUCACACGUCGAACAGGAAACACCAGAUACUGUCAUCUAAUUCAGUGAAGCAGUUUUAAGGUAAAACGUAAGACAAAAUAAUGUCCUGGUUAGGAUUCAAACUGGGGGAGUGCAGGAUAACCAAGAUUAUAUUGAGCCUCACUGUUCUCUGUGAGUUACAGCAGUUUUCUUUGGCACGUUUGCAGCACUUUUCUCAAAGCCUUUAAUAACCUAAAAGCCCUAAAUCAAAGAAUAAACACACUGGUUGAUGUUCUGUGUUUUUUCUUCUUUUUUUGGUCAAAUGGGUUAAUAGUUCCCAUCAUACUGUUCAAGAUGUACGUGAUGCUAUUAAAGCCAAACAUCAUUAAUCUGUUAUUCAAGACAACUAAAGAUAUAGCACUAGAAAUAAAUUAAUGUUUUUAGGCAUUUAUUCAUGUGUUCUCUUCUUGUAUGAAUGUUACAUGCAUUGUUUAUUUCCGUAGAGUACUUUCAAAACAUUUCAGUACUCUGCAUCCAAAAGCAGUUCUGUCAGUUGCUUAUUUUGAAUUGAAUAUGUGUUCAAGACGUUGCUCUGCAGUUUGGCAGUUUUAAAAUUACACCAAGAGUGCCCAGCUGAAACAUAUCUCAUUCCAAAGCAGCCUUACUUUGGAUUUAGAAUUGCUUAAUUGCUGAAGAGCUUAAUGGAAUACACCAAGAAGACCAAGACCUUUAAAGUAAUAACAUUAGUUUAGGCAUACAGUACAAUGUUUAUGUUUUAGAAUUUUAUUUGAUUUAUAUUCAGUCAGUUUCACCAUAAACUCAUCUUUUCAAUACAUCAAGUUUCAGAUAAAAUUCAGAAAACCCACUAGAUUCUCUCAUAUCCCAAGUGUUCCAUCUCUGGUCGGUGAGCAAAAUAAACCAGUUUUCAUUUCAAACUCGGAUAGAUGAAGCUGUCCAGAGUUUUAAAGUUUGGGUUAGCAAAACAAAAGGUACUGUUUCAGGGAGUCUGAUGGAACUGACCAUUUGUGAUGGUAAUUUGAGUAUAAGCAAAAAACUUUACUUAAUGUUUAUGCAGGGAAUACAGUUGUCCCAAUAAUUAUUUUCUAUAAAGGCACUUAUGAUAGGCAAAUAAUAAUACCUCUUAUCCCAAAUAUAAAAAUAUUUUUUUUUAAUUAAAAAAAAAAACUUUUGUGCUAUACAGGGACAGAGCAGUCUUAAGCUCAGAGUUCUACCCUGCACUCUGUGCAUUGCCUUCUCUGGCCCACUCCAAGAAAACCAGCUUCCCAAUAGAUAACCUUUACUGGGUGAUUUUCAGAUUGCUUCAAUUAUUGUAAGCUAUGGGGGAAAAAAAUGUUAGGAGUAAAAUGCUUUGAUGCUAACAUUACUUGUAACUUGCACAGUUUUGUUCACAUUUUAUUUAAAAAAACUGAAUGUUUUAAAAUGCUCCAAAUAAAAGUUAGAGUUAUCUGUUCUGUUGACAGGCAGAGUGACAUUUUGCUGAUGAAGAGGUUAGAGCUGACUUCCAAGAUUUUGUUUUGCAAAUAAAAGGUGCUUUUACAGAAAA